AAACAUCAUUGAAAGUUGCCUAAUCAGUGUGGUGGGUGUUGCCUUUCCGACUGACGUGUCAAGCAGCGGUCCUACUCUUUUACUGCUGCUGUUGACGGGAGGAGGUGGAAACAUCUCCGCUAAGGCUUUCACUCUGUUAACCUAUGAGACCAGAUGUUCAACAAGUAACUCUCACGGCUUUUUGUUUCACCUUUCUUUGCUUAUACUGUUGAUCGCGAGUGUUUUUCUGCUCCCCGAUGACUUCCUCUAUCUCAGCCUGGUUUUGGAGUGAGAGAUUUUGGCUUCCCGAAAAUGUUACAUGGGCGGACCUGGAGCGACCACCACCUGGUGUGGAGUAUCCCCGAGCGAGACACAUACUGUACGCCUUACCUCUGGCUGUCGGAGUUUUCCUUCUUAGAGUGCUUUUUGAAAGGCUAGUGGCCAAGCCCUGUGCCCACAUACUUCAGAUUGAGGCGGGAGUGCCUCGACAAGCUCAGCCCAAUGCGGUCCUGGAGAAGGUGUAUCUGUCCAAAACGACACCAGACACAAGGCAACUGGAGGGACUCCGCAAGCAGCUGGACUGGGAUGAACGGAAAAUACAGAGAUGGUUUCGGGUCCGUCGGAACCAAGACAGGCCCAGUUUGCAGAAAAAGUUCUGUGAGAGCAUGUGGAGAUUUACAUUUUACCUGGGGAUUUUCAUCUAUGGACUCCAACAUUUGUGGGUGUCGCCUUGGAUGUGGGACACCAGAAAGUGCUGGUACAACUACCCAUUUCAGCCUCUGAGUCCUGGACAGUUUAACCACUAUGAAGCUGAACUUGCUUUCUAUUGGUCUCUGAUGUUUUCCCAGUUCAUAGACAUAAAACGUAAGGAUUUCAUGAUCAUGCUUGUCCACCACCUGGCCACCAUAUUCCUCAUCACAUUCUCCUAUGCCAACAACAUGCUAAGAGCUGGCACUUUGGUCAUGUGUGUGCACGAUGCAUCCGACAUCUUCCUUGAGGCUGCCAAGCUGGCCAACUAUGCCAAGUACCAGAAGCUAUGUGAUGGCCUGUUUAUCGUUUUCAGCAUUAGCUUCUUCCUCACUCGACUUGUCAUCUAUCCUUUCUGGGUUGUUUACAGUGUUCUGGUUGAGAGCUGGGAGAUUGUUGGGCCCUACCAGGCCUGGUGGUUGUUGAAUGGGCUGCUGUUGGUGCUGCAGACUCUUCACAUCAUCUGGUUCUACCUCAUCGCUCGCAUUGCAAUCAAAGCCAUAUUCAAGGGAAAGGUGGCAAAGGACGACCGCAGUGACAUCGAGAGCAGCUCCGACGAGGAGGUUUAUUCCAAUUCCAGUAAAAGUCCCAUUCAGAACUUAAAACCAAAGGACAGCAACCACACUAGCAACCUAAAUGGAGAAACUUACGACCACUGAGCCACUUUAGGGGAUGUUUACUUUCAGUGUGGUUUUUAUUCACCUGCUGCGUGCCUGUGUGACCCACAUUGUCACUUUGACCCCCUGGGAAGACUUUUUUUCUUUUUCACCAAGAAGGAUUUCUUUCAAAUGAAGAGUGGACUUUGACAUACGGACUUAGCGCUGUCUUACUGAGUCAGGUUUACACUGUGUGAGGUUUACACCUGCUUUUUGCUUACGGGAGCAGACAGAAACGUGUGUGUGGUCUGUCUGCACCUCGCUGUGGGUGUGUGUGUGUGUUCAGAGAUAGAAAAAACAGCGUGUCAACACUGCUAUUGUCAAACCUUAUUUUGUACAUGUAAAUACAUUUUAUGAGUGAAAUUGGUAAUAUAUUUACAGCUGUAAAAACAAAUCACUGCAAUCUGCCUUAAUGAAUAUACAGCUUACUCUCCCGUAAGCUAAAUCUGUCUUAAAAUGCCAAAGAUUUCUUAUUAAAACAUUGUUGUACCAAAUCCUCUGAUGAAUGUGUAAGGAUUUUAUGAUGUCAUAAGUCAUGUAUAAUGAGUAGGUCUGCAUAUGAUGAUUAUUUAUAUUACUGAUUAAUCCAGGCAUUCACCGAUACCAAUUAUCAGGCUGUUGGGGUCCCAAACAGCUGGAUCGAUCUACUCAGUUCAAUUCUAUGUGUAUGAACUAUACAUUAUAUACUGGAAUCUGAAUUUCUGUUUUAAGUUAUGACCAAUUUUUUUUGCUGCAUUGAAAAUGUUUACACUUGAAUUCAUGUUAGUUUUCCAAAACAUUCUCUGACCAUUUGCUGGUGUACAAUUUAUUAUUUUAAUAAUAAAUUACAAUUCAAUAAAUGUAUAUCUAUGCA